CCUGCACUGACAGUUACGCAGAGACUCCCACAUAGUUGUUAGCUGUUUGUUGUGGUCGGAGGAAGACAUCAAGGAGCAGCAGGAGGGGGAAAAAAUGGAAAAUGUGUGCAGAAGAAAGAUGAAGGAGAGAUUUGGCCUGAGGCGGGACAUCUUUAAGGAGUUCCUGGCGGAAUUUCUGGGGAUAUUUGUCUUGAUACUCUUUGGAUGUGGUUCAGUGGCCCAGACGGUGUUGAGUAAAGGGGCUCUCGGGGAGCCGCUCACCAUCCACAUUGGUUUCACCCUGGGAGUCAUGAUGGCGGUCUACAUGGCAGGGGGAGUGUCAGGAGCCCAUGUGAACCCUGCAGUGUCUCUGGCCAUGGUGAUCUUAGGGAAGCUGCCUCUGAAGAAGUUCCCUGUGUAUGUGGCUGCACAAUUCCUGGGAGCGUUUGCUGGAUCCUGUGCUGUCUACGGAUUUUAUUAUGAUGCUUUGAUGGACUACACCAAUGGAGAAUUUGCAGUUACUGGUGCAAAUGCCACAGCCAACAUAUUUGCAUCUUAUCCUGCAAAACACCUAUCAGUCCUAAAUGGGUUUAUUGAUCAGGUUAUUGCGACCGGCUCACUGAUCCUGUGCAUCUUAGCCAUCACUGAUAAGAGGAAUAUUGGUGCUCCAAAAGGCAUGGAGCCUCUGUGCAUCGGCCUGAUCAUCAUGGCCAUUGGAGUGUCCAUGGGUCUGAACUGUGGCUAUCCAAUCAACCCAGCGCGAGACCUCGGCCCGCGGGUCUUCACGGCUGUGGCUGGGUGGGGCAUGGAAGUAUUCAGAGCUGGAGGCUGCUGGUGGUGGAUUCCUGUGGCAGGACCCAUGGUGGGCGGAGCAGUCGGAGCGUGCAUUUACUUUCUCUUCGUUGAGCUGCACCACCCCGAGCCUGAAAAGCAGGAGAACAACGUCCAGGACAAAUAUGAAAUAAUAACUAUGAGUUAAAACUGAGAGCAAAAGCAUGUACUUGAAUUUACAAUAUCAUAGUUGUUUCUAUACAUUUUAUGCAUGAAUAUUUUAUGAAGCCUUUAAUGUCUCUUUUUUGUAGAAAAUGUACUCUGUGUAGAGGUUUCAGGUUUUAUCAGGGCUCUUUCAUAUAUCAAAAUAUUAAACUUUCUUAAAAUAGUUUAAUCUCUGUGGACAUCAGGAUUUAAUAAUAUUCAUAUGGAGAAUCUUGAGUACUUUGUAAUCUCUAUUUCCCAACUGGGAUCAUUUUCUCUGUUAGAGUCGUUUGCCAAGUUUGUGAACAGCGUUUUUACAACCAUCACUGGGCAUUAAAAAACAUUUAGCACUGAAGACAUUACACGGACAAUUUAAUGUGGAUAUGUAGCAAUUUAUCUGUUUGUUUUUCAACGUAGUCAUUUAUUGUGGAGUUGCUCCCUUAUUCUAUUUCACUUCAUCUUUUGCGUGUCUGUUAAAAAGUGUCUAAUUGCUUUAUCUUGUUUAAAGUGUUGUAGUUUACGUUUAUGUAGAAAAUCCAGCCUUAAAUAUUCACAGUGGUAAUGGUUUUUCCUUUUUUUCUUUUUUCCACUCAUGUCCGUAACUUUAUGACAUUUAUUUUAUGGUAUUAAACUGGAUUACAAAAUUUCUUCUUAACGACAGUCCUGAUACUGAAAAGCCAUACUUUUUAAUGCCAUAACAUAUGACAUUUAAGUGUCAGCUUAGUGCAGAAAUUCAAUAAACAAAUGAAGGUUAAUUUUGUUUCUAACUAAAUCUUCAGUAGAUGACACUGGUUGUAACUGUUUACAUAAUAAAAAUGUUCAGAGACGAGGUAAAACGGGAAUUAACAGAAAUGUGGAGAUGUUUGAAAAGGAACAACAUUAAGCUUGGAUAUUUACAACGGGAGAUUAAAAGUAAUUUGGACAGGGCUGUGCUUCAGAACGACCCGACUCCUAAAUGUGGUGGAAUGGAUCGCAUGCUACAACACUGCCAGAGAACAGGAAGCAUGUAGACCUGAACGUGAACUUUUGUUAUCAGUUAAAUAAUUAUGAGAGCAUACUGUAAUGCACUGGAUGUCAUUACACAAGAGCACAGUGGCCAUGCAGCACACAAGACACAUCAGACAAUCAGUUAAGAGUUCUACUUUUGUGAAACUGAAAAAACGGUGGCACAAACACCAAAGACUGAUUUUGCUGUGAGGUCUCAGAUUAAACAUGCACUGCUUCAGUGGAUAUUUCCAAAGUCGUUUCAUCUGGUGGUGUUCCUGUGAGACUUUAAGCUCUGAUGUGGCCUCUGUUUGAAUCAGGAAAUCAGAGUUGGUUCCACUGAAUCUUCUGGGCUAUUUUUCAGUGAAAUGGUUUUAUCAGUUGUUUCUUUUCUCUCCCUCAUGUUAAUGCUUUUCUCUUGAACGGCAGGAAGUACAUUUGAAUAUAUUUUUUUUUAUUAUUAUUAUUAUUAUUUGUAGUUUGCAGUUUCUUCGAAUGAUUUUGUCAAAGAUAACCUGUUUGAAUCAGUUGUUUUCCUUUUACACUAUACGUUGUAUCUUAAUGUUGAAAUGACUUGUUUGUUCAGGAUGAUUAUGUACUGUAGACGAUUAGAGGUGUAACAAUCUAUGAUCGACACAUAAAUGUGACCAAAUGUGUGCUACGAAAGUAAAUGUAGGUGGAGCUUGCCUGGAAAUAAAAAAGCAUGUUUUCCCACCAAA